CCCGCCCAGCCCGGCUCUCCGGCGGCGCCGAUGGGGCUGGGGGCCUGGCUGCGCUCGCUGGGCGGCUGCUGCGGCUGCUGCGGGGGGGAGGCGGCGGCGCCCGAGAAGGAGCCCUUGCUCAGUAACAACAAUCCUUACGCUUCCUUUGGAGCCACGCUGGCACGAGACGAGGAGCAGAACCUGUGGAGCACCCCACACGACAUGACCCACACGGAGGCGGACGACGACCGGGUGCUGUACAACAUGAUUGUGGUUAGGAACCAGCUGGACAAGGACUCGGAGGAAUGGCAAAAGCUCAACUAUGAUAUUUAUACCUUACGGCAGACCCGAAAAGAAGUGAGAAGCAGAUGGAAACACAUUUUGGAGGAUUUAGGUUUCCAGAAGGAAGCGGACUCCCUCUUGUCAGUGACCAAACUCAGCAUCAUCAGCGACUCCCAGAACAUGGGCAAAGCCCGGGACAUCUUGUUAAAGCUCUCUGAAGAGACAAACAUCUUCCCAACCAGCUGGGAACUUUCUGAGCGCUACCUCUUUGUGGUGGAUCGGCUCAUAGCUCUGGAUGCUGCAGAUGAGUUCUUCAAGAUGGCCAGCGUGGUUUAUCCAAAGAGACCCAGCGGGGAAAGAGUGGAUGAUAGCCAGAAGGCCCCGCAGUGCAUCUCUGUCAUGAUGCCCUGAGGACUGUGCCUUGCUGGCGUGAGAUGGACAGCGGGUUUCUUUCCCUCCGGGACCAGGCUCCUGUGCCAAGGGAUUAGCAGAAGUAGUGCCGCUCCUUGUUUUCCUGCAGAGCCGCAAGUGGGCUGGCUGGAGCAGAGCAAAGAGAACAGCGAGCCAUGCCCCAUCAGGAGGGCACAGGAAGGCAGAUGCUGGCCCUGAGAUGCUCCCAAGCAGAAGGGAGCAAGAACUGCCGUAGUAUAGCCCCAGUGGGAGACCACUAGCCUAGUAGCAUAUGUGAUAGGCACGAGGGGAACCUGCCGUGCAAGGUGUUGCUACCAGUAGCUGCAAAAGUUGAGAUGCCGUUAGUUACAAGCACUGUGAGAUCCACAUUUCCACCUUCAGUUGGUACAUGCCACUGUCCCCUCCCCUCAACCCUGCUAGCCAGGAGGACCAGCGAGGAAGGAAAAAUACCUCAUUUGUCUACGACUCUGUGACGUUUCUCUGUGCACUGGUCCUCUUCCUCAUCCCCAGCCUGUGGCAGCCCCGCUGGGCAGGUCCCAGGGGAUUUGGCAAAGAGGCAGGAGCAGUGUGUAGGUGGGAGAGGAGUUAGCACUGGGCAGCAAAGCCUUGGAGCACUGUCACAGCUGGGUGCCGUGUCAUCUGCCAUUAGCGGUUUGGAGAUGUUUGUGUCAGGGCGCUCAGCCGGACAUCUUAAAAGAAGGUAAAUAUUAGGAAGGUGCCAAGGUCAUACCUGCUGAGAAUAUGGCUCCUGUAAUAUCCUCAGAUUGGUUGCCCAACAUCUUGAUGAAUUUCUGAAAGGUUUGGUCUUAAUUCCAUAUUAAAAAAAAACACACUAAAGCUGCAUGUACUAGCAAUAUAUAUCAUCCCUGCGGUUAAUGAAUAUUUUUAAUAUUCACCCUUGAACACUCCUGAUAUCUUGGGAUUUUGUCUGGUAGUAUAGUAAGCAAUAAUUUUAAAACACUGGAUUUGAUCUUUUUAAAACAAGUGGAAGUUUUUUCACUGAUUAACACAUGCUGCUAAUUGGCCAGUUGGAAAUACGCUGGUUACAUAGGACCUCCCAAAACAGCAAACCAGAGCUUUUAUUUGUUUGUACCUACAGUGUUUGAAAUAUGUAUGUGUAUAUUUAUGAAUUGUUUCUGUAUGUCAGUAUUCCUGGGAAACAUUUUUGUCAACUCAGGACAUCAGUGAAAACUGAAUUUAAUAAACAAAACACAU